CUCUGACCCCGGGGUGGGGCCGAGCUGUGUCGGAUCAGGAAUUCCUGGCUCCCUGCGCCCCCCGCCCCCGCAGGCAGCUGGUCCCUGUGUCCCAGCCGGCGCCGCAGCCGGAGCUGGGAACAGAACCAGCGGCUCUGUCGGCCGGAUCCCCCCGCCCCGGGCCCGGCGUCCGCCCGGGGGUGCGCGGGGCUCCGGCGCCUCAGCUCCCCACUUGAUUGAUCUGCAGCGUGGGUUGGGCCGGCCGGGAGCCAUGGCCGACGGGGAACGUCCCAGGAGCAGCCUGAGCCAGGCCAGCAGCGUCCUCACCAUCUCCUCCGUCAGCCUGGGGGCCGCCAAGCCGUCGCGCUCCCUGCGGAGGGUUCACACCUUCGGGAAAAGGGAAAAUUCCAUCAAGCGGGACCCCAACGCCCCCGUCGUCAUUCGGGGCUGGCUCUGCAAACAGGACAGCUCCGGCCUAAAGCUGUGGAAGCGACGCUGGUUUGUGCUGGCCGAUUACUGCCUCUUCUACUACCGAGACAGCAGGGAGGAGGCGGUUUUGGGGAGCAUCCCGCUCCCCAGCUACGAGAUCCGGCCGCUGCCUGGGGAGGGGAAGAGCCGAAGAUUCACAUUCAAGGCCGAGCACCGGGGGAUGCGGACGUACCACUUCAGCGCGGACACCCAGGAGGACAUGAACGGCUGGAUCCGAGCCAUGAGCCAGUCCGCUGCGGCCGAGAGUGAUCCCAGCACCAUCAGCAGCCGACCCCCCCAGCUGCUCAGCCGGCCGGUGCCCCCCCAGGCCCGUCUCUUCGAGGACGUCCGGCCACUCACGCCCGACCUGGGUCCCGCCAAAAGCGCCGAGUCCUUGGAAAUCGCCCGGCUCUCGGGCCCCCACUCGUCUGCAGAGAGUCUGUCUGCGACGGGCCGGGGGGCACAGGGCGAGGGGGGGCUCCUGCCCAGCGGCCCUGCCCCACCCCCCAGCCCGGUCAAUGGGGAAGGGCUCGGGGGGGAGCUGCAGGGCCUAAGCUCUCUCUCGUCCCGCAUUCUGCGGGGUCAGGAGCCCUCGGCAGCCAAACGCCCCCCUCCCGGCCCCCCCAGACCCUCCCCACCCCCCCCUGAGUCUGAACAGCCCCCCCUGGAGCCCCCCUCCCCCUGGGAGCCCUCUGCAGCUGCCCAGUCCCACGUCCGCUCCUCCCGUUCCUACUCCCUUCCCCCCACCCCCGCUGAGCUCAGGGGGGCGCGGGGGGGCCAGGGGGGUGCAGGGGCGUCCUCCGGGAGGGUUCGAGCCCCUGAGCUGGCUGCGUCCUGCGAAGAUCUCCCCCUGCUGGUCCAGGCCGGGUCCAGCCUGGCCCGGCCCCACACCCCCGUGGGGAGGGUGGAUAUCGCCCCCGGGGGGGCCGUGCGGGGCAGCAGGCCCAUCCCUGGGCGCCCCCAGACCCCCGCCGACUGCUACGACGUGCGGCCCUCCGAGGAGCCCUGUGCCCGGCCCCCCGGGCGCUACCCCCGCAGCCCUCACCCCAGCCACUGCCUGGCGCGGCCCGGGACCCCGGCGGAGGAGAGCCCCCCACAGACGGCCACGCUGGGACCUGCCCUGGGGAGACAGCCCCGGAGCCGGUUCACAGACCGUGUGUACCCCUCCCUGGGGGCUGCCCCACCCCGCGCCCGUCUCCACAGCCGAUUGAUCUCCCCACAUUCGGCCUCCUCCGGCUACCUCCACCUGCCCCCACUGCCCCCGCUCGCCAGCCGCCCCCCAGGGAAGAGGACCUCACUGGGAGCUCCGCCCUGGACCGUGGCCCCUCUGUCCCGGGACAGGACCCUGUUGGCACUGCCCAGGGCUGAAAGUGACACCGAUAUUCUCCUGACUAAACUCUGCGGCCAGGACAAGCUGCUUCGGGGGCUGGAGGAGGAGACGGGGCAGCUGCGGGCUGAGAAGGAGAGGCUGGAGAAGGCCCUGGAGCUGGUCCGGCACCAGCUGGAUGGAUGCCAAGGCCCGGAGCUGGCGGAGGAGAAAAUCUGGUACCAGCAGAGGCGGCUGCAGGACGAGCUGGUGCAAGUCAGAGCCCGGCUUUGCGACCUGGCGCUGGUGAGUGUGAGCGGCCCCGAACCCCACCCCAGAGGGGCCGCACCUCGGUGCCAGGUCCCCGUACACCCAGCCCCCCGCCCCACCCCAGAGGGGCCGCACCUCGGCGCCGGGUCCCCGUAUAGGGAGACGCCUGGGGCUCCCAGCCCCCUCAGAGCCCCUCUAGAAGAGGGGCCGGGUCCCCCGAGCUGGACGGAGGGCGCCCCCUGCAGGAGACGGAUGUUGCGGCACCAGGUCUCAGCUCGCCUCCGGCCGCCCCCCACCUGCCCCGGAGCCCCAGCCCAGGCCCCCAUGAGCCCCGAGAGCAGAGAACCAAGGAGCUGCCAGCCAAGCUCCCUCUUCCGACUCACUCCCCCGACCUCGGGCCAGAGCCAACCCAGACCCCCAUGGAGCCACCGCCGAGGGGGGGGCAGAGCGGGGGGCCCUGGGGCCGGUCUCCCCCACCCCUCGAGAGAGACCGAUCACCGGGUCAUCACCUUGGCAUACGCGCUAGCCACCGAGGCCUCUGAGCGCAGGAAACUCAUCACAGGGAAGACUCCGCCUGAGCCCCAGUUGGCGGCCAAUCCGGACCCUUCCCCAGAGCCGCUGGAUGCAGUGACCAAUCAGCACACGCUGUUUACUCCCGCACUCCCCCGGGGGCAUCCAGAGGCCAAUCACGUCGAGGCGGAACCAUGUGCCCCAGCCAAUCAGAAUACAGCACUUAGCGCCAAUUCAGUGCAACGGACGGGAGCGGCCAAUCAGGCGUCAUCUCGAUUUCAAGCGGCCAAUUGGGCCUUGCCUGUUCACGAGCUUUCCAAUUGGUUUUCACCCUUGCCUGAAGCAGCCAAUCAGGCAGCAUGUCUGUCAGAGGCAGCCAAUCGAGCAUCGCCCCUGUCCGAGGGGUCUCAUUGGGCACCCCCUUUGCCCACAUUGGCCAAUCAGACGUCGACUGCACCCAAGGCGUCCAAUCGGGCAUCGCCUCCGUUCUGGGCCGCCCAAAAGGAAUGUGGGGAUUGGGCACCGGAGCAAAGGAUUGUGGGUAACCAGGACGUGGCCAAUGGCGGGUGUCGGGGGCGGGGUGGGCGUGCCGUGCCCAGGCAGGUGGUGGCGUACCUGGGCGAGGGGAGCCAGCCAAUCAGGAUCACCCUACUGCAGUCCAGCUUCUAACCCAUUGGCUGAGAGGCAGGGUCAAGUCCCGCCCCCUAGGGUGGGCUCUAGGGCAAGGUGGGGGGCUCUAUAGGGGGAUGUGCCCAAAGAUGGGGCGGGGCUCAGAGGUUUGGGGUCCCUGCCCCCGGAGAGGGGACCCCUUAACCCCACCUAGGGGCCCAUCGCCUUGCUGCCCCCUGGUGGGCAGAGUGGGAAGUGCAACCCCCUGGGCCCCUCACUCCCAACCCGCAGACCCUGCGAGCCCGGCCCUGGGCUCCCCCCAAACACCCACCCAGCUGAAGCUGACAAUGGGAGGGGGGUUCUCAUGAGCACCCAGAGGGAAGGGGGAUUUAUGGGGACACCUGAUCCUCCCCCACUCUCAUGGGACUCUGUACGGGGGCAGCAGGGGAAGGGAGAAUCCUUCAACUGGCCCCCUCGCCCCCAGGCAGCUCCCUCCCCUGUUACCCCCUUUUCCUGCCUGUUGGUGUCUCUGGGGCUCCCCUGUGGAGGGGUACCGGAGUUGGGGAGACCUUCGAGCUCGCCGGGGCCUGGCCAGGGAAUACGCUGCAGUCUGUACAGGGAAGGGGUCACUACACGGGGGGCUGUGGAAUUUGUCCCCCGUGUGUGUUGUGUGCGGGAAUGGCCCGUGUUCGAGUUCGGGUCUGCCCAGAGGCAGGCCGCUGCAGGAAGGCAGGCGGCCGGACGACCGAGGAGGGGCCAGGCGGGGUUGUUAAGAUGGGGAGACUCCUGAACUGGGGGACAAGAGGGCUCAGGGGGGCGCUGAGCUGAGGAAGCUGGACCCUGGUGUAAGUUUGGGUUCUCUGCGCUAACCCGACGGCUCUUACCCCACGGCGUGAAUGUCCCUGCAGCUCCUGGAGGUGGGGGCUCGGAUCCCUUUGGGGGACACGGCUCGCCGAGGGGCCCAGCGCAGGCGGAGCUGUGGAGGGAGCUCACGGCGUGAAGCCGGGGGGAAGACCCUGAGGUUGGGUCCCAGGAGCGGGUGAAGCCAAGGGGCGGCGGACCCUAGUGACACAGCAUCACGGACUCACAGGUCGGGCCAACUCUUGGCCCUGUGUGGUCCGUUGGGGGGACCCUCUUUAGCGCGACAGCCCUUCUCGGGGGUCCCCUCUCUCCCGGGGUCAGGCCCCCCACCUCCUGGAGCUGCACCUCUCUGAGCCUUAGCACGUCUGUCUCUGCCGUGGGCCCCCUCAGGGAGUCCACUCGCUCCGGACCCCUGGGGCCUCCACCCCCGAAGGGGACGAUGCCUCCGCCCCCCCCCCGCCCCCGUUCUCUAGGCCAGAGCGACUCUCAGCCGGCGUAACACAGGAGGGUUUAGUGAGCGUCUGAACAGGACUUUGGGCCCAGACAUUUAACAAACUGUCCCAGCGCACCUGGAGACAGACCGUGGGGACGUGAUAAAACGUGGCAGCCCCAGAGGGGACGCUUCCCAGCACCGGGCGAGGGGUCCCUGCAUACCAAGCCCCCGCGCCCCACCCCAGAGGGGCCGCGUCCCGGCGAGUGGGCCCUGCAUACCCAGUCCCUGCGCCCCACCCCAGAGGGGCCACAUCCCGGUGAGGGGGCCCUGCAUACCCAGUCCCUGCGCCCCACCCCAGAGGGGCCACAUCCCCGUGAGGGGGCCCUGCAUACCCAGCCCCCGUGCCCCACCCCAGAGGUGGCUGGGAACUCAUCCUAGAUUUAACCUGGUCCCUCUGGGGGUACGUUGGGGGGUUUCUUCCUUCUGGAGUAUAUUGCAGAGAAAUGUAACCAAUAAAUCUCAUUUAUUUAACCCUCGUGUAA